AUGAACACAACAAAGCCUUACGACCAACAACAACAAGGAGGAUACACCAGACCACGCUCAGCCUCUGUAUUGCUCGCGCGCAAAUCCAAUGGAUCGUUAGGAACGAAUGGGGCGUAUUCGUCAUCGUCCACCAACUUGAGUGCACCUGUACCUGCAGGAAAACCUCUUCCCAAGGCACCGGGGAUGGCAUCGCAACAACCCUACCAACAGCAACAACAACAGCACCAGCAACAGACAUAUUUCGAUCCAAGUAGCGACAACGGACAAGGUGGCGGAUACAAUGUUGGCAAUGGUCAACACAACAGCAGCGGUAACCUUAACAACAACAACAGCAACAACGGCAGCAACUGGAGCAACAAUAAUAAUAACGGUGCUGCUGCACUGUCGGCUCGAUCGGGCAGGGUCAAUAUCCAUGCCAGCCAACCAUCCAACACUUCGCUAGCCUCGGUCAGUGCCAACAACAUCCCCAACAACAAUAACAGCAACGUGAGCACUAUGGCUUCGCAGGGCCAUGUGUCAUGGGUACAACCAAAGGCCACCUCUUCUCCGUCGACCUCAUUCUCAAGCACGAGUACCUCCAAUAACUCACCCUCACCCCCUGGAGUUGCUUACUCAAUGCCCGGCACGCUCUUGACCAAGACAAGUCAGCAACAUUUGCACCAACAGUCAGCACAGUCGCAAGGACCAAACGUAACAGAGGAUGAGGCAUCGUCAUACUAUGCAGCCUUGACAAGACCCAUCUCCCCAACCAUGAUCAUGAACUAUGUUCCCCCACCAGUUUCCAACUCUGGUGCUACGCCAUUAACAACAGCAACGACGCAGGAUGGGAGCGGAUCGAACGGUGUGGAAUCGCCCAGUCAACCUAUCAUGUCGACACCAGCAACAUCAUCGUUACGACCGCUGAGUGCAACUGCGGCGCUUUCCUCGUCAUUCAAUACUUUUGUACCAGGGUCUCAGCCUACAGCUCGACCUGCUGUGUAUCAAGGAGCACGAAGUUCAUAUAUGGAGCCUUCAAAUCCUCCUCCCAUGUCGUCUUCCAACCAAACACCUCAACGAGGUCGUCCACUUUCGAUCGGAGGGAGCAGUAUCAUCUCUGCUAUCAGCAGCAGUAGUGCCGAGGAUCCUUCUUCCAGCUCGUCUCGGUUUGCUCGUCGGGGUCCAUUGGUGAUGAGCCAUGAGGCCGGCAGCUUUGGAGACCAUAACAACGGCUACACCCCCACUGGAACUCGAUCGCGACGGGAGAGUGGUGCGUGGAGUGAUGCCGAAAGUGGUACUCCGGCCAAGAACCUUUACCGACAAUCUUUCCACCAGCAAACACCUCAACAACACUACCAACAGCAACAACUACCUUUCAGUCCAGCGACUCCAAGGACAGACACGUCAAACAUGUCCUCUCCUGCGAAUACUACUUCAUUUGGAAUGCAGCAUCUGUUCCCGAUAAAGACGAUCGAUAUGGCAGAGUGCUACGAGGUGCAAGUGAAGGCACAGGACACAAAGGGCUCGGGCCGGUUUGAGUUCAAGCUGGUGACCCGCAAAGAAGAAACCUGGUUCGCAACGGAUACAAUGUCAGAACGCACGGGCUGGAUCGAUGGCCUCAACUCACUCAUGUCCAAGGCUGUAGGCGCGUCGCUCUUGAAACUGGAGGCCAAGCUGAACAACAUUAGGCACCGCAACAACUCUCUCGAGUACUCUAUCCACACCGACACGACUGGCGGCGGUAGCGGAGGCGACAAUAAUGCCGCUGCGACGACGGCGGCGUUGGAGGGCCACCUACAAUUGGUUCAGCAAGAUUUGGCGACGAGGGAACAGCAGCUCUCACAGAGAGAGCAGGAGCUGGAGAGAAAACGGAUCGAGUCAUUGUUGGUCCAGCUUGAGGCUUGGAGAGCAGCGGCCAAGGUGACGCUGAACCAACAUUAUGCGGUUCGGGACCAGUUGUUAGAACGUGUGAUGAAGACUGCCAGGACGGUACAGGAGCUACUGGAGCGGGCUAGAGUUCAUCUGGAGACUGGUUCGGACCAGAUCACGGAGAUUGUCAACAGUCACCUGGAAUGCAUCCGGGUCCAUGCCGGCGAGUCGUCGUUGAAUGCAGUGUCGUACAAGAUGCUCAAGUCGAUCCUCGUCGGUCUUUCAGUCAACCUGGAUACUCGGAGCUCAGAGAUGAAGAGGGUACUGUUGGUCUUGGAUCAGUUUAUUCAUGCCAGCAAGUUCUCGAAUCCGGGAUAUGCUUCGAAUUCAUCGCCUGCUUCGCCGAGGCUUGCUGGGGCGCGCGAGCGACGCAUUUCUAUAGGCGGGCCUCUUUCCCCCUCUACCGUGAAUAGCAACCCACCAUCGACUCUCGGAAUUGGUGCGUACCUAACGCAGGUUCGUAACAAGUAUACAGAGACCCUGGAGCUCCUGGAGGACCAUUCCAAGAGGCUGAAGCGGAUCCUGGAGCGGGCCGACAUCAACAACCCCGAGAGUGCUCGUCGAUUCCAAGAGGACGUGAAGGAGAUUCUGAAGAGUUUAACUCGACAUCCCACAUACACCUUUACUCCCUGUUUGCCGGAUCAGCCCCUUCCUGGCGCGGCAGAUACGUUCUAUCGAGAGGAUUUGGUGGUCAUUCAACAAAAGAACAAAGAGUUGCUGAGGAAGACUCAGGCCUCGACUUCGCCCACUCCUGCUACCAACCCAGCUAGUCCAUCGAAACGCCCACAGUUCACGAAUCACGGAGAGUCUGACGAUGAUGAUGACAAUGACGAGGGGGAUGAGCUGUCGCUGAAGAAGGCAGUGAUAGUGUCUUCGAGUCUUAAGGAACCAACGACCGGGUUGCCGGCUGAACCUCAAUCGACAGGGAAGACGGCAGAGUCGGCACCUUCUCCCAUAGUCUCAUCGACAGUCGGGUCGAACGGUAUUCCAAAGCUCAACCUAGCAUUUCCCGCCUCGCUAUCCUCAUUCCUGCUCUCGGAGGCAUUGCCAUCAUCCUCUCCUAACGCCGCUGCUACUGUGGCUGCUGCCUCAUCCGCCGUGCCCACCUUCUCAUCGACAGAGCUGACUCAAAAGCUCCGCGACACCAUCCUCCCAGAGUUCGACCACCUCACGCUCAAGCAGGAAGAAUCUCUCCAGUCUAUGACAACUCUUCUCAACCAGGUCUCGUCAACUCUGGUUAAGAAGCUGGUGGAGAUCAAGGAUGCGACUGCAGGACAGAGGCAGGAGUUUGAGGAGCUCAAGGAUGAGAUCAUUGACGUGAUGCAGCUCUCGGCGACAGACCCAAGCGCCCAUCAGAGAGAUAUCUCGACCCUUUCGGAAAUCCGGUCGAAACUAGCCGAUAUCACCUCUCAGCUUACCAAGGUCCAGACGGCACAGCAACAACAACAAAACGUUGGACAUGGAGCAGGGGGAUUGUACGGCGGCGGAGUUUCGGGAUAUCGACGUGUUGGUGGCGCCUCUCCAUCAUCGGGUGCCGGGACUAGCGCCGCCACUGCCACGGGGUUCUCGCUCCUGCAACGAUCUGCAAGCACGAUGGUCCACAACUCUGUCGCGCAUCAGUUUCAUCAUGCCACUGAUAGCGGGUCUCGUCAGCACCUCCAGCGCGCCAAUUCGACCUCUUUGCACAACCGUCUCCACAUUCCUUCUUCGACCUCGAUGAUGGCGUCUCUUGGAAGCGGCGGUGGUUUGAGCAGCCUUACAGGCAGUAACAGCAACACUGCGACCAAUGGUGGAAGCGGAUCCGGUACUCCUGGAACGAAACCUUCCAAGAUCGCAGGAAUGACGCGUCUGUUUGAAGAUAGCGACCCUUGGACUGGUCAUCAUGCAGCCGCUUCGACUGGCACCCAACUCCUUGGGGAAGGCGGCUACGUUGUCCAAGAUCUGGAUUAUGAUUUGGCCUUCAAUACCCACCAGAACCAGCAAGUCGCCGCAAAACUGGACCAACUGCUCCUUUUGCUCGAAUUUGUCAACACGGCACAGUGUCGGAUGAUGGCGUAUCAGGAUCUCGAGUACGAUCGGCAACGGAAUGGGAGUGGGGCAGGAAAUGUGGACGAUGGUCGGAUGAUGGCUGUUCAGGAGCACAUGGAACAGAUGGACCGCAAGAUGAACCUCCAGAUGCAUCUUCUUCGACGGCUCGCAUCUAUUCAGGACACGGGCGUCAUGUCUUCGGCUGGCGAUUCUACGGCCACGACGGCAUCUGCAAAGAUCAAGCAGAUUGAUGAGGACGACGGUGAUGAGGAGGCGCCGCAAGUUGGUGAGGCGAGGGAUUAUGAGGGUGCGUUGAAGAACGAAGGUGAUUUGGCGGACAGUAUCGAGUCCCUUGUCCGAGCAGCCCCACCGGAAAACGAGCUCACCCUCCUUGAAGUCCUAAGCCGAUUGGACUUACAGGUCAUCCCUUCCGUCAAGGACCAGUCGGAGCGGAUACACGAGCUUUCGGACCAGUUAUCGGAGAUGAAGCGGCAGCUGAACGAACAGCACAAGCGACAGGAGAUGCUCCUUCUCCAACAAGCUUCUAAUGCUAAUGCGACUGUUCGCUCUCGGUCUGUUGCUGGCACUUCCAACAUCGGCCGCAGUAACAGCAUGGAGAGACCGGUGACUCCAUUGCUUCAUUCGAGGUCUGCAUCCCAGACGCUUGUCCAGCAACAGCAACAACAACAACAACAACAACAACAACAACAACAACAACAACAACAACAACAACAACAACAACAACAACAACAACAACAAACAUCCACCAGCGCCUUGUCGUCACCCUUGGAAACUGAGUCGCCUGCUUCGUGGAGGGCUUCCCUUCGGCCCAGUCAGAGCAACGGCAGUAACUCGGCCUCGUUCAGAGACAGGAUCCUAUCAGCCUCCAAUGGAUCUCCACUGCUCAUUGCCUCAUCCUUGGGGCCAUUAAAUAGCAGUCAAGGCAUUCUACAGGAUACCACAACAACAACAUCAACACCAACAGGAAGUGGUGGAGGAACGCUUGUUACCAAGACUUCGGAUCGGAUCGCGGAGCUGUUAGAUAGGAUGGACAACAAGAUGGGGCAGGUGAUUGACGAACAGUUGGCGAGGUACGAGAGCGGCAACAAGGCGCUCCUGGCUAAAGUGUUUGAGUUGCUUGAAGCUGAUGAGGAAUCGUCGGAAGGUGGUUCGGAGGCGACCCCCAGGACCAUCAGGGCGGCUAACACCUCUUUCGGCAGCGGCCAUGCCACGCAAGGAGCGGAUCACGAUGAGCAACAGAUACAUAUCGAUAACAACGCGCUCUUGAAGGAUGUUAACAAGUCUUCGGAAGAGAUGAAUCAGACGCUCGACAAGAUCUUAAGAGGUCAAGAGGAACUCUUGAAGAUAAACAGCACCCGCCCAGGAUCUUCAGUCGGAGAUGGAGACAGAGAUGCCAACAACUCUAAGGACUCUAGCACGCGCACAUGGGCAGAUUCGCUGGACCGGAUUAAGACUCUUAUCCAGCAGGAGGGCGAUCGGUCCGAGGCCUCGCUGAGCGACCAGCGGGACGAGAUUCUGGACAAGAUGAACCAGGUCCUGUCGUCGAUCCAGGACUCCCAGACCCAGUUUGGAUCGAGGGAUGGUCAGGUUAGGGAGGAGUUACAAGAGCUCCGCGAUUGGAUGGUACGACAUUCUAGUCAGCAGACCGAGAAUCUUCGAGAGCUCUUCCUUUUUGCCAGUACCGCAACGACUACUAUUCAGGAGAGUGGUGGCGCCAUCGCUGUAGGAUUAUCAAGGACCGGCGCUGACGAUGACGAUGAUGGAGACUUUGUAGAGAGAGGGUCGGACAGCAACUUGAAGGUUCGAGUCGGUGACGGUGACGAGGAAGAGUAUACCGAAGUUGACAUCCUUGAGGAUCUGGAUAAGCACCAUCAUCACCAGCCCAACGCUGGAGAUGUAACUCAUCCUGGUGCCGCCGCCUUUGCAUCCGCACUUCCUCCCAUUAUCAUGGCAACCACUUCGACAGAGAUCCAAGAACUCAAGGACCAGUUGGAGAUGUUUACAAAGGUCCAGAUGGCGACGUUUUCUGAGCUGGCCGACAAUGUGUCUGGAGUGGAGAAGAUGAUGCGAGACAUGUCCAAGAUGAUGGGAGUCCGCCGUGGAGGCACGAUUCUUAGACGCAAGGAGGCCGACGAAGGUCGGGCUAUGCUGGCGAUGGAGGUCAAGGAGACGAUCCAGGAGGUGAUUGGCCGCAUGUCGUCAACGGGAGGUCCUAUGAGCCCCACGAUUGCUGAAGGUUCUGGUUCGCGACGAUCAUCGGUGGAUGGCGGUGUUCUUGCUGCCUUGGAGAACCGAAGACCUACUUCGAUCACGACGGCAACGACGACAACGACGACAACGACGCCCCCAGUGUCGGCCAGUGCUGUUGGCGCGCCUAGUCGUGGCGAGAGUGGGUUGUUCAAGUACCUCUACCAGGCAAGGCGGUCGACUUCUUCAACAUCCACCGAGAGCGGAACCCCGCCUACGCCAGCCCCUUUACCAACAGCCCCAGCAGUGGUAGCAGCCUCGCCCAGGGUGGACGUGACCGCAACCUCUCGAAAGUCUUUCUCAUCUGCGCCUUCAAGCCCCGUUGUGAGAACACCUACGAUGACGGUCGGCGAUCUCCACAACAACAGCAACAACUGCUUCUACCAUGACCAUGAUAACGGAGGCAGUAUGAUGACAUCCUUGCAGAUGCAGAUGCAACUCGAGUUGCACCAGAACCAGAUCGAGCAGCUCUACAAACGCAAGGCACGUGCCGAGAUCGAGGUCGAGGAUUUGCAGUCCGAGAAGGCGCGACUGAUUGACGAGAAGGUGGCUCUGAGGGAGGAAGUUGAACAGUUGAGAAGGGAGCGACAGGAGCUGUUACUGUUGAAUAGUGGUUGUGACGAUGCGCAUGUGGAUGGAGAUGGCAAGGAGGUAUCGCCUUUGCUGUCGUCGGCAUCGUUGUUGGAGAAGAUAUUGCAGGAUCGGGUCAGUCUGUUGCUGCAGGAGACCGCACGUUUGGAGAAGCAUAAGCAGCAACUUGAGAGGGAGACGAGAUGA